AUGGCUUUGAGGACACGUACACAUAUGUGCAAAAUCUUGAAAACGAUAGACAAGCCAAAGUUGGAACGGUUAGAACGUCCCGAAGCCUGUCCACAGAAGAUCUACGAGCUUAUGUUAAGGUGUUGGGCGCAUGAACCAGAAAGCAGAAUGUCAUUUGCUGAACUUCACGAAGAACUGCCAAAAGCCCGACCAAUGCAGGUGAAAACUCUUGUCAACUAUGUAGCAUUACAUCCAGAAGAACUCACAUUCAGAGCAGAGGACGUACUCUCAGUUGUCGACAUCAAUGACGACACUGGAGUGUGGAAGGGCAUAAAUCCGAUGGGAAAGAUUGGAUACUUUCAGCGGGUGGAUACGGUUGCCCUUGGCAACAAUCAGACGGGGAAGCUCAAAAGAUGGAGGAGCGGCAGGUCUUCUAAAACAGAAAACAGAAGAAGCAUAUUGUAUGCAUCGCAGAGACCUAAACGUCAGAGGUAAGAUGUUGGAUAAAAUGCAUAAUUCAGCACUUUUUAUUUUAAUAUCACGCUUAAUAACUCUCAUUCAUUCAAUUUUCUGCAAAAUCAUCCAAAACUACAUGUAUAUACAUUUUUCAGUCAUUUAAAAGUGGGUUUAUUGAUAAAUUCUUAGGUUCUUGGGACCAAUUUCUUCUCUGUUAAUAUACACCUCAAAAGCACAGCACUUUCACUUCACGGAAUCUACAUGAAAUCAUGCAAAUCACUACAUUGUACAUUCCACUCUUCUGCUACACUUAAUCACUGAUGGUUGUUCGUCUGGAAACAUCUUUUUCAAAUCUAUUUGGCAUUACAUAAAUACUUAAUCUCUGGAUGCAAUUUUUCUUUGCAUGACUUUGUCUUUACAAGUGGCGUAUCUAGGGGGCAAGAGGGCACAUUCCCUGGUUACCCUUUUUUUUUGGGGGGGGGGGGGGCGUGCAAUUUUUUUUUACUGAAAUUCACAAUCUAAAAACUAAUGGCAUCAGAAGAUGAAAAGGGUGCUACAUCUAUGUUUGUCUUGGUGUCAGAUAUUUCAGAUAUUUGAAUGGAAAACAAUUUUUAUAGCACCUUGCUCUUGGGUUUUUCUUCCCCUAGAUUUGCCACUUUUUAUUGCUUUUGUCUAUAGCAUCUUGUGCAUUUUUUCCCCCAGCACAAUCUUGCACGUUUUUUUUAUUUUUCCUGUUCGCACAAGGACUUCAAAGAUAUAAAGGCAAAGUAAAGCAUUCUCAAGUGUCAGGAAAUAGGCAAUUGGAUCGUGCUGAUAUUUAGUCAUGUACACUGUAUCCUCCAACUCUUAGGAUAUAAUAUGAUUGUUUAGACUAUUACUGACAAAAAUGAGCUUUAUCAACUUAUGUUCACAUUUUGGGGUUGUCUUGUUAUUCAGAAGUGAAAUUAAGUGGUAUGAAGUGAAUGGUCAGAUUUUCUAACAAUUCACACAUUUUAACAAAACAUAAAAACAUUUGAAAGUCAAGCACAAAUUUAUGAUAUAUAUGUAGUACAUGUCUGAUUAUCUGAAGAUAAAAUUGCAUUUUUUUUUUAUAAAGUUUUGUUCAAAUGCAAAUUUUAUUCAAAUGGCCCCAGAUUUGCUUGUAUUAGGGUCAGCAGGCAUUGUACAAGUACAAUAGUUAAAAAUUGAUCGAAGUUGAAAUGUGAACAUCACCAAUCUUUUAAACACACCAAUAGUGAAUUGGAUUUGGAUUUGAAUUAAUUGAACAUCAUUGAUAAACAUCAAUAUUUUGUUUACCUAGUCUAAUAGGACAGCAUU